AUGUACGUCUGCUACAGCGGCGGCGGCCGCCCCUUGAGGCUUAAAUCUCAACUCAAAUCGCAAAUCAUCCUCGAAAAGAUAAAAAAGUACCACAUACAGCAGGUUAUCCACCGAAUCUCCCAGAAUGUCGACUCUCUACUCGCCGGGCUCGACGAUGAGGCGCUGUCAACCCUGAAGAACAAGUUGGAGGAUGCUCCUCGCUCCAGAGGAGAGCUUUUAGCCUUGAUGGAGGACAGCGAGUACGUCUCAAAGCUCCUUGGUUUGCUAGAGGGAAUCCAGGGCGGCAAGGACGUCGUCUCUGAUAUUAAAAGGGACUGGGAGCUUAUCAUUAAUCUCUCCACAGAAGACUAUGUAUCCGCCAGCAAGUCGGAUUUGGAGACCAUUAAGCCCGUCAUUAGUCACUACCGCAGGUGCGCCAAGAGGUCGCUGGAGGAGGGCACCGAAAUGUCAAUAGACCUUCCAGAGAAGCUUGAUGUGGAUCAGCCAUCUGACGAGGCUUCGGCGGUACCCAUGGAGUUGAGGGAUCUGGAAGACCGGUACAGAGUUCGUCUGCAAAACUUUGUCAAGAUACACCAAGUUGGCCAAGGAGCAUACGGAGACGUUUGGCUAGCUGAAGAUAUCGUCAACAAGAUACCAGUGGCACUAAAAAAGCUAAAACUUAGCGAGAAUCGCGAAGGGUUCCCCAAGAAUGCCAUUCGGGAAAUUUUGCUCCUCAAUACCCUAAAGCAUAAAAAUAUAGUAAACCUGCUCGGAAUCGCCUACUCCACCAAUACACGUCGGUCAAGGACCCCAAAGUCGGAUGAAAUAAUAAUGGACGGUGAGACUCUGAAAAAGGAUGAUGAAAUUAAAAGGAAAGACGAGACAAAAAAGCAAAAGGCGGACCAAUCGGAGACUUACAAUGUAUGGAUGGUAUUCGAGUAUCUUCCGCUGGAUUUGAGCGGAUAUAUAGAGGCCUUAAAGGAGAAAAACAAGCACCAAGGCUUCAUACUGAGCUUGCCAGAAAUAAAGUCUAUAAUGUUCCAGAUUCUUCAAGCGCUUGCAUACAUCCACAAGCAAUCAAUAGUGCAUAGGGAUCUCAAAACUGCAAACAUUCUCAUGAACCUUGAUGGACAGGUAAAGAUUGCAGACUUUGGGUUGGCACGCCAGAUGCCAUACCUUCCCUCUGGACUCACGAAUCGCGUGGUUACGCUCUGGUAUAGAUCACCAGAGCUCCUACUCGGAGAUGUGCAAUAUUCCUACUCUGUGGAUAUAUGGAGUGUCGGUUGUAUUUUGUGUGAACUCGUGGCCGGUAGUCAUUUGUUUGCAGCAGAUAAGGAAUACACGAUACUUCGUCUGAUUGCUGAACAUUUAGGAAUUCCAAACGAAGCCACCAUGAGAUAUUUUAGAGCGCUUCCCCUAUACUCUGAUAUACACUCCAACCCUUUACAUCCAGAUAAAAUUGGAAGCAUACCCUCAAGAGCUGCAGAGUUUGAAUCCACAUUUAGAACAAAGUUGGGAAGCGCCGGGUACGAUUUACUGCGCAAGCUACUCGACUACAAUCCUACCACUAGGAUCUCCGCAGAGUCUGCACUACGACAUCCAUUUUUCAAGGAAACGAGCAUACACGCUGUAGACAGAAGCAUCAAGGUUGCGCAUAGCUUCAUGAAGAGGAAACAAGGUGGUCAUGGUGCACGCAAGAAGGAUUAUGUAAAGUAUGCAAAGAUUGGAAACAUACGAGAGAUCAAGAGGAAACAAGCCAUGAAGAAGCUUUAA